CCAUCCCGAGCAUACUGUUUAGAACCUAAGCAGCAGCUCAAUAUUUUCAGAGCGAAGUUGAAGCGAUGAUCUGAAGGAGAAACGAAGAGAGCCGUUGGGUGGUUUGGAGUCUCCGACGGCACUUGGAGUUCUUGAAGAAGCAUAACCGAUCAUGGAAGCCACCGAGAGAUCAGAAGAAACGAUCUCAAACAUUACUCCAAGGAUCCCUGGAACUGUCAACUGGGGCACAGCAACUGUUGUUGGAGUGUUUGCUGGCAUGUUAUAUGGUGGUAGCAAGGAGGCAUCUACUUCUGUUAGCAAGGAUGCAGAGGUAAUGUUGAAGCUUGGUAGUACGCCAGACAAGCGUGAACAGUAUCGUCUAAUGAGAGAUGCGAUGGAGAAAAGGUUCAUCCGAGUCACGCGUGGUUCAAUAGUUGGUGGAGUGCGCCUUGGAAUCUGGAGCCUGUGUUCGAUCACCACUGCUGCACAUUUUGGUUUAAUCAUGCCUGGAUCACUCCUUUGGCGAGCAAGGAAUGUGCUUUUGGGUUCUGUUCUCGGUGCUGCCAUUUGCUUUCCCCUUGGUUGGCUCCAUCUGAAGCUUGUAGAGAAAGCAAAUGAAAGUAGUUUGGCUGCAAAUGAUGGUGGAGAAUCAAAGGGUGGUGUCGGUGCUGCAAUUGAGAGACUUGAAGGGAAUUUGAGUAAAUAGAUCAGAAAUAUUUGUAGGGGCAAAGCCCCUUUUAUCUUUUAUAAUGAAAAGAAUAUGGCAGGGCCAAAAGAGAAGAGUGGGAUAUCUCCAACCAGGAUUAAAUAGUUAUAUUUUGUAUGUUCAUCAUUUUCUCUGGUGUCUAUUCAUUUUCUGGUUUCUUUUUUCAAAUUAUUCUUUUGUUUGACAGCAGAAAAGCUCCAUUUUCUACGUUGGCUUCAUCCUACAGGAUGAUUUUUUUUGUUGUUCGAUGGGACAAGACAUACAAUAGGUAACUCUUACCUCCAAAUCUAUAUAUUCUUCUGCUAUUUUUGGCUGAAAAA